AACCCCCCACCCACAGACUGGUUUCUGUUUCUCCACAAUCUCCAGUAUCUCGGAAAUUGGCUUGACCGUAAAAACCCGGGGCUUCACUUCACCACUAACCGCCACUGAACGCGCAUUUCCCUUUCCACCGGAGCCACAGUGUGUUCGCCCAGCUCCCAUCCAGCCAGCCCCACACACACGCUCUGGAUCCCGGGUCUCUCUGGUCAACUUGCUACGAGGACGCAGAGCCUGACAUUCGUUCACGCUCAUUCAUUCAACCACAACAACAAUGGCAGCGCAGGAUUUUAAUGUCCUGCUUGCGACGGAUUCCUACAAGAUCACACACUACAAACAGUAUCCUCCAAACAUCAACAAGAUCUAUUCCUACUUUGAAUGCAGACGCAAGGAGGGAUCCCAGUUUAGUGAGGUGGUGUUCUUCGGUCUUCAGUAUCUACUGAAGAAGUAUUUGGAAGGCCCUGUUGUCACUGAGGAGAAGAUUCAGGAAGCCAAGCUCUUCUACCAGAUGCACUUCAAACAAGAUGUGUUUGAUGAAGAAGGCUGGAGGCAGGUCCUUGAGAAACAUAAUGGCCGUCUUCCUAUCCGGAUAAAAGCUGUCCCUGAAGGCAGGAUUAUACCGAGAGGCAACGUGCUCUUCACUGUGGAAAACACUGAUCCCAGCUUCUACUGGCUCACCAACUACAUUGAGACCAUGCUGGUGCAGAUGUGGUAUCCCAUCACAGUUGCCACAGUGUCCAGGGAGUUUAAGAAGAUCCUGGCCAAGCACCUGAAGGCCACCUCAGGAAGCCUUGAAGGCCUGGACCUGAAGCUGCAUGACUUUGGCUACAGAGGCGUCUCCUCACAGGAGUCUGCAGCAUUAGGGGGAGCAGCUCACCUGGUUAAUUUCUGCAGCACAGACACAGUGGCUGGACUUCUGAUGGCUCAGAGAUAUUAUAGCUGCCCGAUGGCUGGCUUCUCCAUUCCAGCAGCAGAGCACAGCACCAUCAUCUCUUGGGGGAGGAGCAGGGAGAAGGAGGCGUUUGAGCGAGUCCUGGACCAGUUCUCCUCUGGACCAGUCUCAGUGGUCAGUGACAGCUACGACAUCUUUAAUGCCUGCAAACACAUAUGGGGAGAGAAACUGAAGGAGCGAGUGAUGGAGCGCAGCCAGGACUCCUGUCUGGUCAUCCGGCCGGACUCUGGAGAUCCUGCAGAGACCCUUAUUGAGGUCAUCAAGAUUUUAGAAGAGUGUUUUGGCAGCUCUCUGAACUCGGUUGGAUACAAGGUGCUGCCUUCUUGCCUGCGAAUUAUUCAGGGAGAUGGCAUUGACCUCCACUCAGUGGACGAGAUCCUUAAGAAGCUGAGUGAUCAGGGCUGGAGUGCUGAGAACGUCUUCUUUGGAUGUGGCAGUGCUUUGCUUCAGAAACUCAACAGAGAUACACUCAACUGUGCCUUCAAGUGCAGCUAUGUGGAGACUAAUGGCAAGGGGAUGGACGUGUACAAGCAGCCGGUGACCGACCCAUCCAAGGGCUCAAAGAAGGGUCGCUUAUCACUGAGGAGAAACUCUGAUGGCUUCUUGGAGACGAUAGAGGAAGGAGCAGGCAAACCUGAGGAGGACCUACUGGUGACAGUUUUUGAGAACGGCAGCCUGGUGCAGGACUACUCCCUGGAGGAGAUCCGGAAGAACGCUCGGCUGCAUGACGAGGAGCUGAAUCUCCCCCUACACAACCAUGAGCAGGAGCUGCUUCACAACCGUAUCAUCAAUGGGAUUCAUUAGAUCAACCACAGGCUCCGACCAUGCACAAGAUACCCCAGUGUUAAACAGGGUGCACUGGAAUGAAGGCUGCCGUGUGAUAGAAAGGCACCCCUGUAAGAAUAAACUUCAUCAUGUUGAAGGAGAGUGAAAGGCUAUUUCUCAUAGCACUACCUCCACCCCCAUUCCCCUGAGGAUCCCUUUGAUAAUAGGUAGAUAAUAAUUCACUUCUCUCCUCAUUAAAGCUCAGGGUCAACUAUAAUAAGCCAACUUAGUUUUUACUUUUUCAUACUUUGAUUUAAAGAUACAUCUCCUGAUGUUGUGGUUUUCAUUAGGAACAACAACAACAAAAUGAGGAAGUAGGUCUUUCUUGAGCAUUUUAGAGCUAUAAUGAACUAAACAUCCAAAUAUUCCAUUUGAUUUCUAUUAGCAUAGAAAGAGAAGAAACAUUUACUAAGAAAGGUAGCAAAGUACCCAUAUUACUGAUUAUUGUAAUAGUACCCAAUUGAUCGGUUUCCAAUGAGUACUUGACGCAAAUUAUUACGUUAAUGGUCAGUGUUCACUCCAUUUUUCAGCAGAGCAAUAUAUUGCUCUAGCCUUACUUGCUGCCAUUUAUUUUUUUUUAUUUUUAUUUUUUACUUCCACAGCAAAUUUUCCUUUAGCAGGUUUGCAGUGCAUAACACUUGAGAUGUCAGACGAGAAAGGGAAACAAACCGAAUGUACACUGUCAAGGAAAAUGAAUGUGAACCCUUUGGGUUGCUCAUAAAAUGUUAUCUGAUCUUCAUCUAGGUUACAUGAUCAAUCAAGCAAUCAAAAUUUAUUUGUAUAGCCCAUAUUCACAAAUCACAAUUUGUUUCAUAGUGUUUGACAAGUCCUAACCCAGGGAUUCCUAAACUUCUCAGUGUCCAACCUCUAAAAAUAACAGUGCCAGAGAUCUGCAACUCCCACUACCUCUAAGCAGAAGGCUGAUGAUACUUCAUGUUUUCAUGGUUUUAUUUCGAAUGUUCAUAUUUUAGAACAAUUGUGGCUAAAUGUGCCAUUUCUAAUAGUUUUUUAAUUUGAUCUGAUUUCAGGAAAUCAUCUCUCAACACUGAACACUGAUUUCAUUAUGGAUAAGAACAAUGAUAUAUGAUAUUAUUUCAGAUCGAUUGUGCUGUGUUCAAAAAUGAUAGGGUUCACUUACUUUUCCUUUCCCCUGUAAAUUAACAUCACAGCUCUACCAGUAUUACAAGUUAAAUAAAACAGAUUAUGCUGUACUGCCAAGUUUGGUAAAAACAAAAAUCUAAAUUAGUGAAACAAUAUAUUUUCUUUUCAGUAUUUCUGAUGCAGCUGAUCCACAAUGCACUCUUUAUGUAACCCCUGUUAUAUUCAAUAUUUCAUAUACAGAAAUUAUCAACCCUAUAAAUAACCAAACAUUUGUUAAAUAAUUGACGAAAUUAUUGAAACUCAUUAUGAAAGGUUAUUUCAUGAUUUAUGUUUGAAAUAAAACGGUUAAAAUACUUAUUGUUUGAUAUUUAACAGACAGGGUUUUUUGCAUAAUAGUGUCAAGUUACUGCCUUAUGUUCCCCAAGCUUCUUUUCAGCUACCACCUUAAACCGCUGCUGCCAAAUGUAGUAGUCAGCUCGGGCAACAACAUCAUCAAAGUAGUCGUGUAGUCAACCCAAAAAAGAUUUACUGCCUUUAAUAAGCAACACAUAAAAGUAUCAACUACACGUCUCCAGCCUUCCUGCCUCUAGUGAACUAGCGGAGCUCAGCAUCACAGUGAGGAGACCGUGUCAGCAGUGUAAUCAAUCAAUCAAUCAAAUUGUAUUUGUAUAGCCCAUAUUCACAAAUCACAAUUUGUCUCAUAGGGCUUUAACAGGGUGUGACAUCCUCUGCCCUUAACCCUCAACACGAGUAAGGAAAAACUACUAAAAAACCCUUUUAACAGGGUAAAAAGAAGGUAGAAACCUCAGAGAGAGCCACAUGUGAGGGUGUAAGUCAGCUCCUGUUGUCUGGAACAGUUGCAGUUGUGGUCGGCACUGACCUCUCCUCACAGCUUCCGUCCAUCUGUACGCACUUCAUCCAAAUAUUGUUCAUGUCAGACUGAGUUCUUUUUAAUUUGCAUAACUCCAAGCAAAUAACAACUGAAUUAUUCUCUGGCUGAAAUCGAUGGAGGCACAGACACAUUCAUUGUUUUCUAUUUCCAUUUAAAGACUUGAACUGCCACUUUUGUUAAUGUCUUUGCUUUAGUGAAAUGUGUUUUUGUUUGUUUUUCCUUUGAGAAUUGUAACAAUAAGUGAUUGGCUGAUUUGACAAAGAUGGUAUCCUGAAAUGCUGAAUGCUACAGUGAACAUGGCUCAUUUCAUCAGACAUAAAGAUAGAAACACAUAUUGGUAAGACGCCACUCUAUGUGGUUCAAGUGCUUGAUUGCUUGUUUGGCCUUUUGACCUUGACCUUGGACUGGCCUCCAUUAAAACAGUGGCACUGCUAUAAAGAGUGGCGCAAUAAUGCAAGUGAUUAUGAGGUGUGAUGGCUUAGAGGUCUCUAUGAAUGAUAUGAUGAUAUUUAACAGUUUCGUAAUUAAUAUAGCACAGUCUUGACUUUGAGAUAAUGCAUUGAUAUUCUCUCAGAUUACAAAUGAUUUAGGUGAUGAUGCAGUGAUAAUGCUCGUUUCACUAGCGUUUCGCCAUUUACUGCUUUUUCCAAUUUUUUUUUAUCAUUUUCUGUUUAAUGCCGUUUUCGGAUUUGACAAAUCACUUCUUUUUGCAGAUGAACCUUAGACAGCCAACAUUAAACUGCUUUUGCUACAUUUCAAAUAGGCUCAUGAUUGUGCACUGCUAACAUGAUGGGGGAAUUCCACAUCCCUGGAUGAAAAAAUACAGGAUAAUACAGGAUGUAUUUAAAGUUAGGUUUGAUUGACAGAUGAAACGUUUGAUUUUUUUUAUGGACAAAGAAAAAAAAAUUCUCCGAAAUUCUCCUACACAUUAAUGCACACAUUAAAUGUCUGUGAUGUUCACAACAUUCCUCCAGUUGUUUUAUGAUGACAUUUUAGCAAUAAGUCUAAAUAUACCAACCGGCCUCUUCUACUCUACUUGCCCAGAAUGCCUUUCAACAACGUCAACACGAGGCAUUAUUACUUCAAUCAAAACGCCACAUAUAAGUACAUCUCAGAGGAUUCACACUGUUGUCGCAGAUGAUUUUAAUGUAUCAUCUGAUUACCUCCCUUCACCAACAUAGUGUCAAAAUAUAUUGAAUCAUUAAGUGGCUCCUUCCCUCUGUUCUGUGCAGGUAAAGGAAAUGCUGCCUACCUGUACAGGAACAUGUGGACAGUGUAAGAAGCGUUGGAAAUAUUUGACAAAGGUAACAUUAGCUAAUUGAACCACUGUCAGUCACAGUGAACUAAAACUGCACUGACAAGUGAAAACACAAGUGACCCAUUGUUUUGUUGAGUGAGACUUUUUAGAAUCCUGCUGUAUACCAUUCAUUUGAAGUGUUGUCAUAUUUUCUGUUACCUUUUUGUGGUUAGUGUAAUUCUGUUUUUCAGCAUCAUAUUCCACAACAAUCAGUUCAGUGUCUGACAGCACUAGUGAAAGCAAGUAAUGAUGUACACAUGGUCUACCUUUUGUGUAGUUCCAGCAGUAAUCAUUGUUCUAUUUAUGUUUUGUAAAUAUCCUUUUGACUCUGAUUUUGCUUUUAACUGAUCUGUAUCUUUUGAAUGUGCUUUAUCUUUGAUUUUAAUUGUGUUUUGAAAAAUGAACUUUUCUAAGAUUAAAGAAAAUUUUUUUAAAAGCUUCAAA